AUGGAUCCUUCUUCUGCUUCCCUACAGGGUCAACCACCAGAUCAUCAACAAGUAAGUGAAUCAACAUCAAAUUCUUCAGCAAACUGCCAUAUAUGCAACAAACCAUCCGACGACAUUAACGCCAUAAAGUGCUUCAAAUGCAGUUCUAUAUUUCAUUUUGUUUGUGCAAACAUCGAUAAUACCCAGCAACAUCUCACAUGGCUUUGUAAAAAUUGUUCAAAGCAAACACAAAGAGUAGUCGGUUCAGCUGCCUCCGUUCGUAGCGGUUCAUCAGUUUCAUCACAUUCCCGCAGACAAGCUUUAGAGCUUCAACGCUUACAAGAAGAGACGCAACUCCAAAGGGAAUUCAUUAGAAAGAAAUAUCAAAUUCUCGAGCGGGCUGAGGAUGACUCCGACGAUGCACAAACAGUUAAUAACUCUGUGCAUGAAUGGUUGAACAACCAGCCAAAUCCUAUUCAACAGCCUACUUCUAUACAAGAACCAAUAAAUUUAAAUACGACCAUUGAAGAAUCUCAACAUACGUCUAAUGAGAGACCCUAUUUUACAUUUCUUAAUCAAACUUUAUCCACAAAUAUACCAAACUCAUCCAACCCACAAGCAAAUAUACCAAACUCAUCUAACCCACAAACAACACGUCAAAAUGUAAGUACAAACCUUGUAUACACAACAGCAACUCAACCUGCAUCUUUUAUUAAUAACACAGCCAGUAAUUUCUUACAUUCUACUAAUGCCGAUAUAAAUAACAUUUUAAAUAACAAUACACAUUUUGAAAACCACACAAUAACAUCGCAUCCACCUCACUUUAGUAAUAUCGAACCAGCGUUUGCCAUGCCUCAACCGUCUACAACACAAACAGCACCUCCACCUAAUUUUGCUAAUAUAGAUCCAACACUUUCCUCGUAUCCAUCGUUUACUUUCCGGCCAAGCACAAACGGUGAUCGAAGACUUACGCAGCAACAAAUAAAUGCACGCCAAUCAGUACCUAAAGAACUACCAAUAUUUACUGGAAUGCCUGAAGAGUGGCCUUUAUUCAGUUCUACAUAUGAUUGGUCCACCUCAGUUUGCGGUUUAACCGACGCAGAAAAUCUGGUCCGGCUUCAAAAGGCACUACGUGGAGAAGCAUUGCGUUCUGUCCAGCAUAUAUUAAUUCAUCCGUAUGGCGUAUCAUGUGCCAUAUCAACUCUUAAAUUACUUUACGGCCAACCAGAAAAAAUACUAAACUCCCUGAAAAACAAAAUAAAAUCAUUGCCUACACUUAACACAAAUAAAUUAAAUACAAUUACCUCAUUUGCCGUCGAAGUAAAAGGUCUUGAAACCACAAUAAGAGCUUGUGGAUUGCUUGACGAACUUAAUAAUUCGUCUUUAUUACAAGAAUUGGUUAUGAAAAUGCCAUCAUACUUUCAGCUGAACUGGGGUGAGCAAAAAACAAAAUUGCAAAAAAGUAAACAAAAGAUAAGUUUGACAGAUUUCGCCAAUUGGAUUUUUGAAGUCGGCGUAUCAGCAAGCAGCAUAAAUAUAGAGACCGACAGCCACACAUCGACGUCAGCAGAGCAGAGUACACGUAGAACUAGAAAUGCAUAUGUUAACGCUCACGAAUUAAAAAGCAAAAGAAACUGCGUAGUAUGUUCUGACAACUGUAGCAGUGUUGAAAAGUGUGAGAAAUUCUUGACUGCGGAUAGAAACGAAAAAUGGAACAUAAUAAGAAAGCAUAAUCUAUGCAAACAGUGUUUAAAACGUCACAUGGGUAUUUGUAACAGCAAAAUCGUGUGCUCGAAACAGGGGUGUCAAAUAAAACACCAUACUUUGCUACACAAAUCAACAGAUGAUGAAAAAGUAACAAGCAAAACAGAUGAAAAUAAAAACAAUACAACCAAUUUACAUGCAGCGCACAGUGGUAAUGUAAGUAGUGAAAUUUUGUUUAAAAUUAUACCAAUUACUAUAUAUGGCAAUGAUAACAAAACCAUAAAAACCUUUGCUUUCAUAGACGAGGGCUCGUCAAUAAGUUUAAUUAAUGAGAAAAUAAUAAAAGAAUUAAAUUUGACAGGCGACCCAAUGCCUUUAUGUUUGAAAUGGACGGGCAAUAUGGUUCGAAAUGAAGAAGAUUCAAAAGUAGUUUCGGUGCAAAUUUCUGGCAGCAAUAACACAAAAUUUUCUAUUCAUGCUCGUACAGUAAAACAAUUAUCACUGCCUAGUCAGAGUUUGAAUUACAAAAUAUUGAGUGAGAGAUUUCCACACCUUAGGGGUUUGCCUAUAGACAAUUUUAAAAAUGCGGUCCCAAAUUUACUUUUAGGCCUAAAUAAUUUAAAAUUAUGUGUACCAACACGAGUCAGGGAGGGAAAUAAACAUGAGCCUGUUGCUAUAUGUACACGUCUUGGUUGGCUAUUAUGUGGCAACACAGGUAUUGAGCAAAAAGCUCCAAAUCAAUAUAAUUUUCAUUGUUGCGAAUGUGAGCGCGAAGAUGAUAAAACUCUUAGUAGUUUACUUAAAAAGUUUUACUCAAUUGAAAUGAUUGGCAUAAGUAAUUCCACGCAAGUGCUUGGUAAAGAUGACCAAAGAGCAAUGGAUAUAUUGGAAAACUAUACUAGGCAAAGAAGCGAUGGUCACUACGAGGUAGCUUUGUUGUGGCGAUACGAUAAUAUUACACUGCCACAAAGUUACGCUAUGGCAAAGAAAAGACUAAUUUGUCUCGAGAAAACUUUGAGAAAUAAAAAAGAUUUGUUUGAUGUUUUUGAAAAAACUAUUGUUGAAUAUUUGGAAAAGAAAUAUAUAAGCAAAGUAGAUGUUAGUCAAAUGAAUAACUACAAUGUAUGGUAUUUACCAAUAUUUCCGGUAUUCAACAAAAAUAAACCAAACAAAACUAGAUUAGUGUGGGACGCUGCAGCGAAAGCAAACGGUGUUUCACUAAACUCUAUGCUACUCAAAGGACCAGAUUUACUAUCUUCUCUUCCAUCCAUCCUUUUUCGAUUUCGCCAACGAAAGGUCGCAGUGUGUGGUGAUAUAGAACAGAUGUUCCACCAAAUUUAUAUACGCAAUGAAGAUUGCCAUGCACAACGUUUUUUAUGGCGUGGCUGCGAUGAAACAAAAGAACCUGAGGUGUAUGUGAUGAAAGUUAUGAUAUUUGGUGCCUCAUGUGCACCUUGUAUUUCGCAAUAUGUGAAAAAUUUAAAUGCGUCAAAGUUUGAAACCGAAUAUCCAUUAGCAACAAAUGCUAUAAAAUAUAACCACUAUGUGGACGAUUUUCUUGCCUCAACAGACACACCCGAAGAAACCACUAAAUUAGCAAAGCAGGUGCGGUUCAUCCAUAGUCAAGGUGGGUUUAAUAUCCGCAAUUGGUGCUCAAAUAACAAUACUGUUUUGAAAGCACUAAAUUCUGAUAUAUCUUCAAGUAAUAUCUGUAUUAAUAUGGGAGUCGGUUCAGAAACAGAAAAAAUUCUAGGCGUGUUUUGGAUUCCAGCAGAUGAUAUCAUUACAUUUAAGCUUUCACCAACUAUUUUAAAUAGUGAACUUUUUCUUGGAAAUAAAGAUCCAACCAAACGUGAAGUUUUGAAAAUAUUGAUGAGCAUCUAUGAUCCUCUAGGACUUGUGGGAAAUUUUCUUAUGUAUUUGAAAAUCAUUCUGCAAGAAAUUUGGAGAAGUGGUGUCGAAUGGGACGAACCAAUUUUAACGGAACAACAGAUAAAAUGGAAAAAUUGGCUAUCUUUUUUACCAUCUUUAAAUACAGUAAACAUACCUCGAUGUUAUCUAAAAACGCUGAAAAGCUAUAAUCAUCAAGAUGUGCAAUUGCAUACAUUCGUAGAUGCGAGCGAAAGUGGUUACGCCGCUGUAGCGUACUUUAGAAUUACAGAUGGUGUCAAUGUUAUUGUUUCUCUGAUAGGAUCGAAAACUAGGGUAGCUCCGCUAAAAGUACUUUCCAUCCCCCGGCUAGAAUUGAUGGCGGCCGUUAUUGGAGCUCGUUUCGCUAACUAUAUCGUUCAAACUCACACCAUUAAUAUUACCCGAAAAGUAUUCUGGUCAGACUCGCGCACAGUUUUAAGUUGGAUACGUUCAGAUCAUCGGAAGUAUCACCAGUUUGUUGCUGUCCGAGUUAGUGAAAUUUUAGAUAGUACUGAAAUGAAUGAGUGGUUUUGGGUAUCAACUAAGACAAAUGUGGCUGAUGAAGCUACGAAAUGCUCCAGAGCUCCUAAUUUAUCCGCCACAAGUUGUUGGCUUAAUGGGCCAGAAUUCCUGAAAUUGCCAGAGCAUAAAUGGCCAAAUACUAGUGAGGAUUUUACAACAACAAAUGUUGAGCUAAAGGAAUGUAAUUUAACCAUACAAAAUGUGGAACAAUUUAUAAAUAUCGAACGAUUUUCUCGUUGGUGUAGGGCGCUAAGAGCUGUCGCAUUUGUCGUUCGAUUUAUUUAUCGCCUCAAAAAUAAGAAAACAAAUCAAAGUGAAAUAGAGCUAUCUCAAGAGGAAUUGCGUAAAGCGGAAAUAGUUUUGAUUAAAGACACUCAGAAACAAGCAUUUUACACCGAAAUUGAGAGUCUAUUACAAAAAGGUAUUUUAUCGAAGUCAAAUUUCAUGUACAAAUUGUCUCCAUAUAUAGACAAUGAAGGCGUUCUACGGGUAGGUGGACGGAUUGGUAAUGCCAAUGUUCCCGAUGAACUAAAGCAUCCAGCAAUUUUGCCAAAAUACUGUCGCCUAACAACUCUUUUAAUAUGGCACUAUCACAACAUGUAUCGACAUAGCAGUCACGAGACUGUUGUAAACGAAAUACGACAACAAUACUACAUUCCCAAAUUAAGAGUCGUAUGCAAAUCUGUCGUAAAACAGUGUCAAAUGUGCAAAAUUAGAAAUGCAUCACCUGCGUUCCCUCAAAUGGCCAAAUUACCUCGGGCUCGCCUUGGUGCAUAUCUCGCACCCUUUACGUUUACAGGUAUUGAUUACUUUGGCCCUAUGUUCGUCACUGUAAACCGUCACAAAGAAAAGAGAUAUGGUGCGCUAUUUACUUGCUUGACAAUAAGAGCGAUUCACAUCGAAAUUGUGCACUCGCUUAACACGAGCUCCUGUAUUAUGGCAAUUCGAAAAUUUGUAUCGCGCCGAGGGCAGCCCAGAGAAUUUUAUAGCGACAAUGGCACCAAUUUUGUAGGGGCUGACCGCGAGUUGCGUGAAGCACUCAGUGAAGUCGAUAAGGACGAAUUAGUUCGUAGCUUUACAAACGCUAAUACGAAGUGGAACUUUAAUCCGCCUUCAGCACCCCAUAUGGGAGGGGCGUGGGAACGACUGGUUCGUUCAGUGAAAAAUGUUUUUUACAAAAUUAAAAUAGAAAGAUUUCCUAACGAUGAAACACUACAGAGCAUUAUGGCCGAGGUUGAGAAUAUUAUCAACUCACGACCUCUUACGUAUGUUCCAGUAGAUAGCGAAAAUGACGAAGCUAUCACGCCUAACCAUUUCUUGCUAGGAAAUUCAAAUGGUUUAAAGCCUUUAGCUUCGUAUGAUGACGAAGGUGUCGUGUUGAGAGAAAGUUGGUUAUGUUCGCAGCAGUACGCCCAAAAAUUUUGGAAGAGAUGGGUAGCUGAGUAUUUGCCUACAUUAACUUGUAGAACAAAGUGGUAUGAAAAGGCUAAACCAUUAGCGGUAGGAGAUUUGGUGGUGGUGGUUGACCCAGCAAAUCCAAGAAAUGUAUGGCCAAAAGGUAGAAUAAUUGAAGUCACCAUGUCAGAGGACGGUCAAGUUCGAAAAGCGAAAGUCAUAACGACGUGUGGUAUACUGGAGAGGCCAGCAGUUAAAUUAGCGAUCCUAGACGUGACUGAAAAAAAGGAGUAA